AUGUCGGAUCGGAGCCGCACUCCACAUGGAGCUGCCGACGCCGAGGAGCAGAGACCUCAAGAGGAUGCGCAGGCAGACUCGGAUGACGACAUCGUGCACUUCGCAUGGCAGCAGGGGCAGGUGCUGGACAGCCGGUAUCGUGUCGAAGACCUCCUGGGUGACGGAGCUUUUGGCCGUGUGCUGCGGGCGACCGACUUGAAGGAUGACUCUGAUGUCUCUCUCAAAGUCAUUCGAGAUGUGGAGAGGUAUCGAGAGAAUGCCAUGAUCGAGGCAAAGAUCCUGGAGGACAUACGUCAAGCAGAUCCGAAUCGGACGUCAUAUUGUGUGAUGAUGUCUGACACAUUCCUACAUCAAAAUGCUUACUUCGUCAUGGUGUGUGAGCUGCUGGGCGACUCCUUGUACGAUUUCUUGAAGUGGAAUGGCUUCCGCGGGUUCUGGCUUCACGACAUCCAGAACUUUGCGAAGGAAAGCCUGAAGGCCCUGAAGUUCCUGCAUGAUCUCAGUCUGACGCACACGGAUUUGAAGCCUGAGAACAUCCUUCUGCAAAGCCGGGAG